CUGGGCGUUCUCUUACCCACCCCUGCCAUAAGUUGGAGAGUGUCCACUAUUCUUCGAUAACAACACCAUGAUCAUGAACCGUCCAAAUCGCAAGCACCAUCCUCCCUCCUUCCACUCUUCUCAUCCCCUCUACAAACACACUUUCACACCUUUUCAAGUCUGCACUGGUCGACUGCCCCCUAGGCACCAGCCCUCCUUGUGAUUCUCUCUCCCAUCUCUCAAAAGUCUAUGGCGUCAUGUUAUUGACAAUCCGGCCUUGUUGUGCUGUGUGGCAACAUUUCUUAACUUUAUUCGACCGUUGACUGACGCUUCUUGAUCCUGCCUGGUUUACCUAGCUUCGACAUAUCUCGUGCUGCGCUGCUCCUGUGAAUCAUCUCCUCAGAGAGGUUGGUCACCAACGGCCGUACAGAGGCCUUUUUAAACAUCUUGCUCUACACACAACUCUCGACAGAGAAAGCACGGUGACUUGAUCGGCCAAUUUUCGCCAAGCACUACCACCACCGCUACUACCAUGUCUUACCGACAGUACUCAUCUCUACCAACACCGUUGACACCGUCAAUGCCUGUGUCUGGUCCCAUUCCCGAAAGAAUCGAGUCUCUUCCUAUUACACCCCCAGAAAUUCCCGAAAGUUUCGAUGACAAGACUUUCAAACCUGACAGUCGGACCAUAAAAAAGGCCCUCCACGUUCUUGCAACAGAGCGCCUUGCCCUCGGCCAUCUCGAGGACCUAUACACUACAUCUCCAGUGGCCCAGGAAGCCUUAUUGCAAGCCAUUCAACAGAUCAUCCACUCGGAAUCUCGACACGGCAAAACCAUCUUCAUUGGCGUGGGAAAGUCUGGCCACAUUGCAAAAAAGCUCGUUGCUACUUUUGUCUCUCUCGGUAUUCACGCUCAGUUCCUACACCCCAUCGAAGCCCUGCACGGCGACCUGGGCGUUGUGAGACCAAAUGACACUGUCAUCUUCAUCACCUUCUCCGGCAGGACUCCGGAACUCAUGUCUCUGCUGCCACAUAUCCAACCAAACAUCCCCAUCAUUGCCAUGACAGGCCAUCUGAACACCACCACUUGCCCCCUUCUCACCCACCAGUCACGCGUCACCUCAGUCAAUAUCCUCCUCCCCACCAUGAUUCACGAAUCCGAAAUUUCGUCAUUUGGCGUUUCGGCCCCAACCACAUCCACCACCAUCACUCUUGCUCUGGGGGACAGCCUCGCCCUGGCCGUUGCCGACGAGUUGCACAGUUCUGCGGGACUACAGACCCCAGCUAUUUUUGCUGCCAACCAUCCUGGUGGCGCCAUUGGAGCAGCUCUCAAGCCACCUUCUGCCGCACCGACAAUGGCUGACAUGGCCAGUCCCGUCUCUCAAGUCCCCAUUGCUUCCUCGAGACCGGGACAUCCACUGUUGUGUCAAGAUGUGGUCUUGACAGCCGUCCGAUCACCUCGCGGUUUCGUCCGCACCUCCCCUACCCACAUCGUUGGCCCUCGGCGCAUCCAAAGAAUCUCCGAGUUUGGAGCUCCCGUGACCAACCAAGAGGACGAGUUUGGGCCCAUUGUUGUGGAGAAGACUGACUGGAUUUCGGUCCUAUGCUCCACAACUGUCGACGAGUGUCGCCAAUGGAUCCUGCACAUGCGAGGCGCGGAUGCUCAUGGUCGGGGGAGGGAUUUCCUUCGCCCAGGGACUUUGCUCGGUAUUGUUGAUCACAACGAAGUCACGGGCGUGGUGGAAAUUGAGGAUGUCAUGGGUGACGACUUUGCAUGACCGUAUUUAUUAUUUCAUUUCCCGUUUCUUCUCCUCGGCAGCCCAGUCUGCAUGUGUGAUGGAGGAGAGGAAGACUCGGCAUGGUUUUUCUACGCACACCAUUACUUCUCAUGGUUUAGGAAACCUCAUCAUCUCUCGGAGGGUUUGCGAGUCAUGUAUCAGUCGGGGCCUAAAGCAUUGCACAGGGAAAGGGGUACCAAGGCGUGCGCACAGGACUCCAGUUCUUUGACGAGGUUACGAAAUUAAAUUCAUUAUGGUAUCUACUGAUACCAGUCAUCUUCUUCGUCAUCGUCGUCAUCGUCGUCGUCGUCAUGAUGAUCAUCAAAUCCCGCCGUGACU